AUGAAGUACAAAUCUCCCGCCGUAGAAGACUACGAAACCGACGGCACCCCAGUCCCAGUCGCCGAGAAGCGCAAGCGAGACCACAAAGUACAAGAGACAUCGGAUCGCGACGACUCAGAGCAGCCCCCAAACAAAGUAUCUAAGCCGACCAGUGAAAACUCUAGCUCUAAAGAGGGGAACAAAGCGGACCCUAACAGUGACAGCGAAGAAUGGAAUAACGGCAACAAAGGCAAAGAAGACCCAGAGAUGGACGAGGACGUGAAAAAAGGCAAUCAAAAUGAAGAAGGCGGCUUGGAGAGUCCUGAAGGACAAUUUGAAGAUGAGCAGCAUGCUAAACCCUCGGAAUCACCGAAAGUGCACAAGAUUAUCGAGGAGUUUGGCCGGCAGCCACUAGAGGGCACUUCCCUUGCGAAGGAGCCGCUCACUGCGUCCCCGGAGACGGUGCUUGCGAUGGUGCUUGACGCGAUGCUGAAGUCGCGGCCGAUUUCUCAUGAUCUUUCGCAGCGUGCGGUAGAUAAGCUCAUUGACGAAGGAUAUCAUGAUAUCCGAAGGCUGGGGGAAAGUAGUUGGGAGGAAAGGACGAAGGUGCUACAGGACGGGGGGUAUAAUCGGUAUCGAGAGCAAGGUGCUACGAACCUGGGCGAUUUGGCGGACUUCGUCAAUGGGCAGUACGAUGGUGACCUUAAUAAUCUUCUGAGAAAAGCUGGAAACGACCGCAAAAAGACCAGAGAUUUGAUCAAGGCAAUCAAAGGACUGGGUGACCUUGGUGUGGAUCUCUUCUUAAAUAACGUCCAAAGCGUUUGGCCUUCCAUGGCCCCCUUCUUGGAUGCGCGCAGUCUCAAGACGGCGGAGGAGCUUGGCAUUGGUACAGAUCUCGAGGCAAUCUAUGAAAGUCUGAAUCGAGACCCAAUGAGGAUGAGCAGACUGGCAAAUGGAUUGUCCCAUGUGCGGUUGGAUAAGAAGCAACGAGAGGUUAAGGAAGUUUGA